CACAACUUUUAUUUGCAUCAUUUACCUACGCAGAUGAACUUCAUUUGAUGAAGAGUACAAUCAACUUGUCAGGAUGUUUAUAAAUACAUGAAACACACAAAAAUGAUUUGUUGGCGAGAAAAGCCUAAUCUUUAAUAAAACAGUACGGUGGCGCCGGCAUUAUUGUAUAUUUUUUAUCAUGUUUAUGUACAUAAAAUCAGGAUAUUCGCUGAAAAUAAACUGUUAUCGUUAGUGCGAUAGUAGGUGCAAAAUUAUGUAGGUUUUAUUAAGACGUUUAUCGUAAAUAAACUACAGCAAAAGUUCGUUCAAACCAGCAUUGAAGAUUCAUUUACCAGUUUCAUAGUUGAUUUGUGUAAUAUUUACGAUUUCAGACGAUUUCGACGUCAGAAAAAACUAUCUAGAAAACUAUCUAGAAAAAGCUAGAACUCAUUAAAAAAUUAACAAAAUGUCUCCAUCUAAAAUAAUUCAGACCAAACUACACAAAAUUUUAACGUUAAUUAAACCUUAAACCUGCAUAACGUUCCAUAUUCCUUGCUAAAAUUAAAUCGAAAUAUGAAAUUUGGCCAGAUUUUCUUACCAUGUUUGGGAAUCUAUUUGCAAGGAGCUGUGAAAGCGUUGGCACUGGUGGAAAUUUGUGUGGAAAUUGGAACCAUUGUAAUUUUUGGAUACAACGAUUUUCAUGGUCUACCAAAAUAUUUUCGGGGGGAUAAGAGCGAUCCAAUCGUUUGGUGUACGGAUUUCAUCAUUUAUAUGCAUCUGCAUGUGGGCGUACUGCUACCUUUACCACCUCAUCGCGAUAUUUAUUGCAUGUUUUUUAUGCAAAAGUGCAAGCAGUCGAGAUGCAAUCGGAUUGAGGAACUGUUUGCUGGCUUCAAUUCUAACUUAUUUGGCCCUAUUUGUUGUCCUCAUUAUAUUGAACUUACUCGCAUCGGAGCACAUGAUCCCACUCAUCGGACUGGACUCGGUAUUUGCAGCCUAUAAGAUCUACUCAUUUUGGAUCAUUUACAACUUUAUCCAAGACAUUGACUCGAAUGGGCGACUCGAUCCAGUUCUCACCAUUUUAAGCGAUGCGGAAUUAGAUCUUUUUCUCAACGGGGGUAGAUCCCGUUCUUCGAGAGGGUCGUUUCUUACGACGCCAUACCAGAAAGCAUUUGAAAUUCCAAUCUCCAACUUGGUCAUAAAUUACAUCACUCCACUCGGAAAGGGUAACUUUGGUGUUGUAUAUAAGGCCAACUUCUUAGCAGAGGAAGAUCUACCUGGCCACAUGAACGAGCGCAUUGUCGCUGUUAAAACGGUACCUCGGUUUGCGACAAGUCAACAUUUUAUGCAAUUGUUGAGAGAGUUGCAAAUUUUGAAUUAUAUUGGAAACCAUGACAAUAUCGUUAAUCUAAUUGGAGCCUGCACCACUGAUGUUAAGCAAAAAAAAAUUUUUAUCGUUCUGGAAUACUGCGGACUGGGGAGCAUGCUGGAAUACCUGAGGUCGAAUAGGGCCGAGUUGACGUCAGAAUGUGAUACAGAAAGCCUUUCUAGAAACUCAGACAACAAUGCACCUUUGACUGGGCUGUGUUUCCGUGACCUUGUCAAGUGGGCUAUGGAGACGGCCAGUGGCAUGAAAUACAUUGCCGACAAAAAAGUUAUUCACGGCGACCUUGCUGCUCGAAACAUCCUUCUCACGUUCGACCGGAGAGUGAAAAUCGGGGAUUUCGGGAUGUCAAACCAAGUAUUUCACUGCAAGCAUCGCUGGACGAAAGCUAACGUGAUGAUACCGUGGAGAUGGAUGGCCAUCGAAGGGAUUUUGGAUAAAAAUUUCUCCCUGAGCUGUGACAUUUGGUCGUACGGUAUCACAGUGUGGGAGUUUUUCUCAGGUGGCGAGGUGCCCUACGUGGGAAUGGAGUAUGGCCCUGAUUACAUUCAACAGCUUCGAAGUGGCGAGCUGAGAUUGGAAUGCCCAGAAUACGGAAAUGAAGAAAUAUACCAAGAACUUUGCAAGUGCUGGAAGUUAGAUCCCACAGAAAGGCCAGGAUUUGCCGAGCUCAAGUUAUUCUUUAAAAAAAUAUACUCAAACUUAGGUCAAGAUCGUCGCCAUGUGUCGAUUCGAAUGUAUGAUUCCGAUAUUGAAGAAGUUGACUGCUAACUAUCUCAAGUUUUAAAGACCUCUUAAUUUUUACAAAAUGAUGCAUUUUAAAUACGACUAUGUACAAAAAUUAAGCAAAUGUUUAGAACAAUUAUUUUCAAAAUGAGUAAUCUCAUCAAUUUUUUUUCAUUAAACUCUGAAUUGUUUAUUUACUUAUUUCCCUUGUCCAGAAUAUAAAGAUACUUUCAAUUUUAACACAUAAAGAGCAUCCAUUAGGUUAUUAGCGAAAGAAAUCCCUGUCAAACCAUCAAUGUCACAUAAAAACUGAAGUCUUGUGCAUAUGUAUACAUACUUAUUUCCAGAGCGUGACCCGUUUAAUAAAAUUACUUGCUAAAAAUACCUCUUA